GUGUAAAUCGCUGAUCUUGGGUUCGCAGCUGGUUACAGUAAUAUAUAAACCCUUAUCGACCCAGACCUUAGCGACCUGAUCUGCGCAAACGGCCUUCUGGCUGUAGUGAGUUUGUACUUCGUAGUUUGUAGUAGUUUGUAGUUUGUACUUUUUGGGUCCGUCUCCGCAGACCGGGGCCCUUGAGAAGGAUUCCCACCAGCCAUUCGCGCCCUUAAACCCUCCUAUCGGGCCCUUGAUCGUCGGUCCCGGAGAGCCCUCAAGGCCCUUCGAGACUUCUCGAAUGCUGCCUCUGGCCGAUGCCGCACCCCUGCCGACGCAGGGCCCCUGUUAAACGCUGUGUGGCACUGACAGACGUUGAGAUCUCAACCAAUGUAAAUUGCUAACUCCGGCUUUGUUCUUGGUUGGGCAAUGGGCUUUCCGCCUUGAAAAGUUAAUUCGUGAUAGGUACAAAGACAACCUGAUGUUCCUACCACCCUCUUGCGAAGUAGUCUCAUUUCUGCGGUUUUUAUUUUUCGUGCCAUUACAUUUUAAUUGCUGCCGUAUGUGCUUGCAAAACACAUAAUCAUAUUUGCUACGCAAUUCUUCGUUAUGGGCUCUCAGAUCAUAAGCACCUUCUGCGAACGACUUUUUUUCCUAUCUGCACGCGUAUUUUGAUGUUCCAGCUGCCCCUCAGCAUUGCGUCCAGUAUCUUGCGGCCCACGGCGGCGUAAAGUUUUGACACCAGUGACGUCAAGAUUACGCGAAGAUAAAACGAGAAUCAUCGGACCGUUUUGCCUAUCUAGCACGGGCUUAACUAGCCCGGCAGCGAAGCGCGUGUGUGGUGAUUGGGUGUGGGGUGUGGUGGGAAAGCUUCUUUGCAGGCACCAAUCAGAUAAUCUGCAUCAGCUGGGACAACAAGGAUUCCAAAUUAUGGCACUGGGUGCUUCAAAGCCCACCCGGAGAGAGGAAUUCCUCUGUCACCGCGCCCUCUCCCAGAGGUUACGUCGCAGCUUGUACUUCAGCAGCAAAGUCACAGAAGAUGCCAACAGCCUCCCUCUGAUGACGGCGGCGAGCCGCGUGUUCUCCGGCCGACCCGGUCGGCUCCGCUCGCUGGACGUGCGCGACGUCAGCUGGAUCAGCCACCAUGCCUGCAUCUCGCCGGCGGCGCUCGUAAUGGCCAUGGUCUACCUGGAGCGGCUGGCCGUUCUCCGGCCCGACUACCUGCAGCGCACGCACCCCAAGCAGCUGUUCGUCACGUCCGCGCUGACCGCUAGCAAGUUCUUGUACGACGACGGCGAGCGGGAGCAGGUGUUCAAUGACGAGUGGGCCGCCUCGGCCGGGCUGAGUGUGACCGAGCUCAACGCAGCCGAGAUCGACUUCCUCUCCGCCAUGAACUGGGAACUGUUCGUGUCGCCGGACUGCUUCGCCAACAUGCUUUCCCGCGUGGAGGCGGCCGCCGCGCUGGCCGAGUCGUCGCGGCGCGGCUGGCUGACAUACGCCGACCUGCUGGCCGUCGGGGGCGUUUCCAACCUGCAGUUUACGCUCACCCUGCUGCGCGACGCCCUACUCAAGGUGGUGGCUGUGUGCUCGGUGGCGUACCUGGCUUCGGUCCUCACGCUGAUGAGCUCCGUACUACUGGUAUUCCACGCGCCGGCGCCCAGCUCGCCGCCGCCGCCGCCGCCGGCCGUGUUCGUCGCCCGACCGGCGGCCGAGGCGCCCCGUUCUCCGGGUGCGCUCGUGGGGCAGCUGUGCGCGGCCGCCGCCUCCUCCAGCCUGCUGCUGCUGGCCGGGCUAACGCCGCUGACCGACCAGCAGCCGGACGACCAGCAGACCGCCGGUGGCGACGCGGAUCGUCCCGACGGCCGCCAGCGGCUGGACCAUCCGGACGCCGACGGACACGACGCCGAACGGCGCGAACCGGCAGGCGAAGUUCCGAUCGCCGACGACAGGUGGCUGAUGGAUGGGCUGAACGAAUCGUGGGCGGGCCUGCGUAAUCCGCUUCCCGACCGAAUUCCCUGGAAGCCGAACAGCGCCGACUCCUCCCAGCGGCGUGCUGACCAUGCUCUCGCGCCAGCCACGAUCGCGCACAGCCGGUGGGUGUGGAACCCGAGAAACGAAACCGAACCCAGUCGAAUCACGUGCUCCUGGACGGGGACCGCCGGCUGGCUGGGCCUGGGGAUGGGCGCGGUGGCAGUGGGCAGCUGACGGCUUCUCGAAGACGUCCCUGACGCACGGAUCUGACUCGCAGAACCCCACGAAUGGAUGGUUUGUGCCCUUGGGUGGUCCUGGCCCUUGUCUUGUCCUGCUGCAAAAGGCUUGUGACUCAGUUGUUCUUUUGGGCUGCUGGCAAUCCACGUUCUGUCGUGUUUUGAGCUGUUCCAAACAAGGAUUUUGAUUCUCCUGAUUGUUAAAAGUUUCACUUGUUAAUAUGUUUUUGUUGCAUGCCACACUUUGUUUAAAAUUUAUACUACUUGGUGCCACGGAUUGUCCGUUGCUGCUGUUGCCACUACUUUUUCCUGAAUGAAUGGCCUGACAUGUUUGUUUUGACCACGCCACGUGUAACUGUUGGGAGUGCUGUUCAUUGUGGCUCUAAGGCCCGACUCAGACACGAACUACACUUGAGCGACUGGUGUGUUUACAAGUGAGGUUCAACCACGAAGGUACACAUAGACAUCGAUAGUGUUGUUCCGUGACGUACGUAGGACGAAUGCUUAAUUGUCUGACCUGUUCAAAGAAUUUUCUGGCGGCGUUUGUAAUCCAACUGUGACUCAUGAAAACACCUGUGAUGCUUUUAACCCUGCUGCGUUGUUUCAUAAAUACUUUGGUUUUCACCUUUUCGUUCGGCCAUUUCAGGCCAUGCAUAGUUGGAGUAAACCGUUCAGUACAAUUUACAGUAGUUAUUCCUCCGAACUUAUUUGGCCCACUGCGGACAGCGGUCGAUCGGUGCCGGCUGCCGGGGUGACGUGUCGUGCGACUGAUGUCGUGUCCCUCCCGUGCCAACUGAUCCGCCUAUUCGGCGCGAGCUAUCUUGAUGUACUUCCAUUGGACUGGAACAGAGCCGGCUGGAAUGGUUGCUAUGCCUUCGAACUCGCUGCGGCGCGUAAUGAUCGUGAACGCUGGAGUUUGGUACGAUGCCCACAAUCGCGUAAGGAUUAAGACCCGAUUCGGAGUGCUUUGGCGCAAUACAUCUUGAAAUUUCUA